CAUCCUGCAGUGCAUACCACUACCGCGUCUCAGCUCGACGAUUUCGGCUUCGAUAGUGCCCGAAAAGCUUGGAAAGAAACACACAGCAGCAUCUCGAACUGCAGUUGCAUAGCUCUAGCGAGAGACAGCCUGAGUCGCCCGAAAACGGUCUUGGUUCAGCCACAAUCGGCGGGGAGCGUACGUUCCAAGGGAUUGCAUCGUUCUUGAAGGACAGCUCGACUUUCAAGACUCGGGAAGACGUUGCUGGACAUCGCAAUGUAUUACCCUCAACAAUCCCCGGGUAUCGCGCACAAACUCCCUGGCAGCCAUCAUGACCAGUCGCCCUGGAGCAGAUCCCAUCAUCCUGUCCUAGGUCCUCCAGGAGCGCAGAACAGCGUCGGUCCACCUCCUACUUCGCCAGGCUACCCGCUGUACAACGGUAAUCUUUCCCAUGCACUACACCACCACCACGGUCCCUUCUCGCACCCUAUUCCAGGACAUCCGGCGGGUCAUCAUCACCAGAAUUCGCUCUCGCACUUUCCUUCACCGCCGAAUGGACAUACGCAACAGCACGGGCUGGGGUCGGGGUCUCCGGGGAGUGCAGCGAGUCAAAUGAUUACUCCUCAUUGGCAGCAGCAGUUGUUGAAAUGCGAGAUGAUCCGUGCUUCUCGAUCUCCUCACCACCGCGCGCGUGCGAGUGCGAUGGCAUCCCGAACCGUGACGAAGUCCGCCAUUCCGAUUACCAACCCGAAUCUCAAGGCUGCUGCGGAGGUGAAUGGGUCUAAGGAGGGAGAGGGCUCGGAGAAGGGGGAAGGCAAGGCAGAGGCGUCACCCCACAUCGACCACCCCAAUCCUGCUACAGGGCCAGUGUCCGAGACGCCCCGACCGCAUGCCGUCGAGCGUCCCGAGAAUACCUGGAACUCACUGGAUAUGGGCGGGGUGUUCAUCAAGAACAUACCGCCCACAUCUGGUCUCUUUUCAUUCACCUUCUUGACCAAUCUCUACCUAAAUCACAACGCGCUCCAGGUUAUUCCUCCCCAAAUUGCGAAACUGCGGCACCUGGAGCUGCUGGAUCUCUCCGGCAACCAGCUUCAUCAUGUGCCCCCGGAGCUGGGGAUGUUGACCCAGCUGAAGGAGCUGUACCUGUUUGACAACAGAAUCGAGACCUUACCCGCCGAACUCGGUACACUACACCAAUUGCAAACGCUGGGUAUAGAGGGUAACCCCCUAGAUCCGUCACUAAAGGGGAUCGUGCAGAAGGACGGAACGCCUGCUCUGAUCGCGUACCUGCGCGACUCCUGUCCAGCGCCGCCUCCACCAGGGGAUCGCUCAUGGACGAACCUGAUUAGCCCCGCCGAACGGGAAAGCAUGCAGAACGAUCCGAAUGUGGAGACAUUCACCGUGCUAUGCCAUAAUAUCCUCGCGGAGAAGUACGCAACAGAACGGAUGUACGCCUACACCCCCUCGUGGGCGUUACAAUGGGACUAUCGGAAGGAGCUGAUCCUGACCGAGCUGAUGAACUCGCAUGCGGAUUUCCUGUGCCUGCAAGAAGUCGACAUUGGGAAUUACGAAGAGUUCUUCGUACCUCAUCUGGCGGGGGCCGGGUAUGAGGGAGUCUACUGGCCAAAGUCAAGGUACAAGACUAUGACCGGUACUGAGAGGCGGCAAGUAGAUGGCUGUGCCACGUUCUACAAUGCCAGCAAGUACCAGCUCGUCGAGAAGCAAUUGGUCGAGUUCAGUCACCUUGCCAUGCAACGGCCCGAUUUCAAGAAGACGGAUGAUAUGUUCAAUCGUGUUCUCGGCAAGGAUCACGUUGCUGUCGUCGGUCUCUUCGAGAACAAGGAGACGGGCACGCGACUCAUUGUCACGAACGUCCACAUUAUCUCCGAUCCUCAGUUCCGCGAUGUGAAACUCGUGCAGGUUGCGUUAAUGCUCGACGAGGUCGAGAAGAUUGCGAACAAUUUCGCCAAGUACCCGCCACGACUCUUGUCGACAAACUCCCCGACAGAUUCAUCAGAUGAUAGAUCGGGCUCGUCGAGUGAUAACCCACCCGACAGGAGCACGUCGGCGGGGAAAUUGGGUCCUUCAUACACUGAUGGCACGAAGAUCCCGAUGAUCGUCUGCGGUGAUUUCAACUCCAUCCCCGGAAGUGGUGUCUACGAGUUCUUGUCAAACGGCUCCGUCCCUUCUCACCACCCCGAUUUCAUGUCCCAUACGUAUGGCCGGUACACAUCCGAUGGGCUGCGGCAUCGGCUGGGAUUGAGGAGCGCGUAUGCUGCAGUGGGAGAGCUGCCUAUGACUAAUUACACUGCGGGGUUCCAGGGGUGUCUUGAUUACAUCUGGUACUCCUCAGCCAAUCUCGCCGUCAACGCGGUGAUGGGAGAAGUGGAUAAGUCGUACCUUGAGAAGGUGGUCGGUUUCCCGAAUGCUCACUUCCCCUCUGAUCACAUCUGCAUCAUGGGUGAAUUUCGGGUCAAGCCACCGCCCAAGGACGCCCCGUCGAGACCAGCACAACCUACUUUCCCUCAAUCCAACGGCGCUCACUGAUUGGUAGUAUAAUGGAGAUAGUCCAUAUACAUACACAUUUUAUUCUACUUAAAUAUUCCGUCGUUCACUUUCGCAUGUGGUGUUUAUUUGGUUGGAUCUUCGUUGCAUCCCAUACACUUUGGUAUAUACGCAUCCGCCGUCCUCCCCUUGAGCUUCCUUGUAUUUGGACAUCGUCAUCGCCCUCGCUGUUUUGUUUCACUGUGUGCCGUCAACUGUAGCAUGUGUGUAUAGCUCUCCCUGAAACGAUAUUUUCAACUCU